AUGUUGAUAAAUAAAUACUAAUAUUUCAGCUUCGCUUCUUUUCUCAGCCGCUAAAACCUCGCUCUACUUGCAGCACCUUCAAGGCUUCACCUUCUUCUUCUUCUUCUCCCUCGCUUUCUUCGUCAAACCCCUUUGUUCCUUCUAUCAAUGGGAGACGACAAGAAGGCCAAGCCUGCUGCCCCCGUCGGCGUAUGGUCCACCGUCAAGCCCUUCGUCAAUGGAGGCGCCUCCGGCAUGCUUGCCACCUGCGUCAUCCAACCCAUCGAUAUGAUCAAGGUCAGGAUUCAAUUGGGUCAAGGAUCAGCUGCACAAGUCACUUCAACCAUGCUCAAGAAUGAGGGUGUUGCUGCUUUCUACAAGGGUCUAUCUGCUGGACUUCUUAGGCAAGCAACUUACACCACAGCUCGUCUUGGAUCAUUUAGAAUCUUGACAUCCAAGGCAAUUGAGGCUAAUGAGGGCAAGCCCUUGCCACUCUAUCAGAAAGCUCUAUGCGGGCUGACUGCUGGUGCGAUUGGAGCGACUGUUGGUAGUCCAGCAGAUUUGGCACUUAUUCGUAUGCAGGCCGAUGCAACUUUACCUGCUGCUCAGCGCCGAAAUUACACAAAUGCCUUCCAUGCACUUUAUCGUAUUGUUGCUGAUGAAGGUGUUUUGGCACUCUGGAAAGGUGCUGGACCUACUGUAGUAAGAGCCAUGGCAUUGAACAUGGGUAUGCUUGCGUCUUAUGAUCAAAGCGUUGAGUUCUUCAAGGAUUCCAUGGGCUUUGGUGAAAUGGCUACUGUGGUCGGUGCAAGUGCUGUUUCUGGAUUCUUCGCAUCUGCUUGCAGUUUGCCAUUUGACUAUGUCAAGACCCAGAUUCAAAAGAUGCAACCUGAUGCCGAGGGAAAAUAUCCAUACACUGGCUCUGUUGAUUGUGCUCUCAAAACCUUGAAAUCAGGAGGACCUUUCAAGUUCUACACUGGAUUCCCUGUCUACUGUGUUAGAAUUGCUCCUCAUGUCAUGAUGACAUGGAUUUUCCUAAACCAGAUCCAGAAAUUGGAGAAAUCUGCUGGGUUGUAGGGGAAGCUAGUGGUGGGCAUUUUGUGUUGGAUUCAAGCUUUUUGAGCAUUUAAUAAUUUGUUGGCUGUGUUGUAGCCCUUUUUGGCAAAAAUUAAAACAUGAAAGGAGCUAAUCAUUUUUUAUAAGAUUUAAUUAAUCUUGGAUCAUGAAGCGGGAAUAUGACAUACUUGACAAUGUAUUAUCUAUAAAUUGCGGCUGUAGCAGAAUAGUAUAAAUUCCAUUUUUGAAUGGAUGUCAUGUGAUUGAGAAACUUGUGGAGAUGAUUGAUGUCCUAAGCCAGAAUAAGUACUCUAUCUCAUAUACCAUUUCAACAUCAACUUUGUUCUUUUAUUGGA